CAGACCCUGGGCGGGGAGGUAGCGAGGGGCCGGGCUCGGGUGAGGCGGCCUGGGACGGGGCGGGGCUGGGAAACUUUAGUUUCCAGGGGUCCAGAGCAGCCUGAAACACCCCUCCCCUGCCCGGCCUCCCCGCCCCUCGCGAUGGCGGCUCCGGGGCUGCGGAGGAGGCCUAAUCUAUGGCCCUUCCUGCAAGCUUUGGUGCUGGCCUUGAACUUGGCCGCUGUCCGGGCCCAACAGACUCCACGCACCCCAGAGCGGGGGCCCCCGGUGCGGCUCUUUACAGAGGAGGAACUGGCUCGCUACCGCGGGGAGGAGGAAGACCAGCCCAUUUAUCUGGCAGUGAAAGGAGUAGUAUUUGAUGUCACUUCUGGAAAGGAGUUCUAUGGGAGGGGAGCGCCAUACAAUGCCUUGGUUGGGAAAGACUCCACAAGAGGGGUAGCCAAGAUGUCUUUGGAUCCUGCAGACCUCACACAUGACACUACUGGUCUUACAGAAGAGGAGCUAAAGUCCCUGGAUGAUAUCUUCACUAAUGUGUACAAAGCCAAAUAUCCCAUCGUUGGCUACACAGCCCGUCGAAUCCUAAAUGAAGAUGGCAGCCCCAACCGGAACUUCAAGCCUGAAGACCAGCCCCAUUUUGACAUUAAGGAUGAGUUCUGACAGUCUGCUAGAGCAGAUGCCUUUGGGGGAAGAGGCCAAACACAAAGAGCAGAGCACCAUCUUUGGCAUUUAACUGAGGAAGGAGUGGAGUUACUUUAUGCCUCAGGAAAAAAAAAAGUUCUCAAAGUGUUUGAGUACUUGAUAAAGUACUCAGAGUGACCUAAUCUAUAAUCUCUGAAUCCCUUUUUGAUAUGAAUAAAAUAAACUUUUACAUAGAA